CCGGUAGGGAUAGGGAUAUCAGAAAAGCGUUUUUGUUGUUAUUUCUACCGUUUUGUUAUUUAUUUUCAGUUCUAUAUUGACUCUAAAAUAGUGUUUUUAGUAAAAUUAACAUUCCGUUUUUGUUUAUUCGGAUAUAAUUUUUGAAUUUUUAAAUUCAGGUACCUAUAUUAUAGCCAUAUGCUAUGCUAUCGCAUUCAGCAUGGCCUCAUCGUAUGUCACCUUCUAUGCAAUUUAUGACCACAAAUUUGGUACACGCGCAAUCUGAAGAAUCAGGAAUUGAACCGGGACAAAUUGCUACUAUCACAGGAUCCUUCGCGUCUUUUCCUAAUGUAGAUUUGGACCAAUACGACACGGACCACACCGAUAUAGGAAGUGAAGCCGAUGAAAAGGAAACAAAGAGAGCACUGUUAAGAGAUGAAUGGAGACAGUUCUUCGACAAAUAUGACCCAGAAGGAUUUGGGGAAAUUCCCUGGACGGACUUCUUGAAUGCUAUGUCAGAACCGGAAUUCCGACACAGGGUCAAUACCGGAAAGAGAGAAAUUUUUUUAGAAAGGUCCAGAACGUCCACCACGCCGGCCAUCACUUUUCAAGAUUUUGUAAAUGUGGUUACCGGUCCCUUAAGAGUACUCAGUCAUACCCCAAAGAGUACGCAUAUGAACACAAGAGUACGCGAAAAUGGGUAA